CGAAUCAAGAAACUUGGUUAUGGUGUUGAAUCUUGAAUCGUAUAGGAGUAAUAAAUAACAAAAUAUUCUGGAUAACCCCUUCAAUGGCGGGAAUAGCUAUUGUAUUGGAUUUACUGAGGAAAAAUCCAAACUUUACUGGUCAAGCCUUUCAUUCUCAUGGCGUCUGCUCAGCCAAACUCGCUGCCUCAGCAGCUGCAGCUUCUGUUGCUGCCAGUUACCCUUUUGCUUCUAGGGCUUUUUUUGGUAAUGGUGCAGCACAAGUUGCACUUUGCGAUGCUGGCACGGGAUUUUCUGAAGAUUAUAUAUCUAGCAUGAAAAGUGAAUCGAUAAUUAACUUUCAACAUGAUUCAUUGAAGCACAGUACCAAACAAUACAACCUUGAGUUAAAAUCUUUAUUCUCAGCAUUUAUGUGGAGGAAUCUUGCACUGACUUCCUUGAGAGCUCUCCUAUCAUCUUAUUUACCUCUUCUGGAGCCUCGUGCUAACAUGGAGGAUGAGGAUGAUGAAGAUUUCCUACAGGAUACUAAUGAAGAUCGCCGUGUCGAUCUGGUGACUCCUUUCAAGAAAUCAGUGAAACAGAUUGGUCGUGAGACUGCUGUUGUAACUACGAGACGCGUCCUGGAAAGAUUAGCGGUCCACUAUGUCUCACAACGCAUGGCAUGGAAGCUUCUAAAAGAUGUUCCCAAGUCAGCUGCACGCAAGGCUCAAAGGGGAAUGUCUAGUGUGAUCUACUUUUGCAGUGUUACAAAAACAACAUGCAGAGGUCAUUUUCUGGGAGUUUUGGCAUCAUGGUUUGUGCAAGUUGGCAUUGAUAUCUGGCGAAUCUUCAAAUCUAAACAAGAUGGUGACACACUUGAUAGAUCGGAAAAAAUUCAGUUUCUAAGAAGGAAGAUUUUCAUUACUACUGUCAGAUGUAGUGCAUCUCUUGUUUUCGCUUCUAUAGGGGCAGGAAUAGGAGCAAUGAUAGUUCGCCCUACAACUGGCCAGUGGAUUGGAUGUGCUAUUGGAGAUGUGUCUGGACCAAUCAUUGUAGCCUUUUGUUUUGACAAAGUUCUUCAUUUGGAACUGCGAUGACUCUCUUCUUGGUUAAUAUAAGGGUAAUGUGGUUGAUCUAGAGCCCCCCUUGCCUCAAAGAAGUGCAAUUCAGUGCUUUUAUAUGACUCAAGGUUCCUUUAGCUCCAGAAUAAU